AUCCGAUAAAAAGCUUCCCAGAUUGAGGUUCAAUAUGAAAGCAAUUAAUCCUUAGCUGUAAUGUAAGUACUCAAUAGAAACGAAGAGGACAUCAAAGAGGUCCUUAAAAUUUAAUGAUGCAAGAAAAACAAUAAAAGUCCGAUUGAGGACAGACUCCGAGUGCCUUCAUUUAUCUACGAACAACAACAAGCAUUAUCUGAUGAUGAUCUAAAGUUGUGAGUCAUUAUUCUGGGCAUGACCUUGCGCCGCGCGGCCCAUUAGGAUAUCGCCUAAAACUUUACCUCUGCCACUUAUCACACACACCUACUCACUAUCAGGAUUGAUAUACCAACCUACUCGUGCAAAGAUAACGGCAUUGCACAGAUAUAUGAAAUAUUUACUGAAUUUAAGCUUAGCGUAGUGAACAGGUACAUUUUCUUCUAUUGCAGCAAGAUUUCAGGAUUGAAAAUAUCUUCAUGGGAUUUUGUCAAUUUAAAAGUGCAAGGUGAUAGUGUAACAUUAAUAAAGUGAACAUUGGUCUGUGUGUAAGCUGUUAAAGUGAGGAGCUGCAGUGCUGCUGCAGUCAGCUAGGUCCAUGGCCGGCGGCGCUGGCGGCGCGCCCGGGUAGACCGAGCCCUGGGACACCUACUACCAACACCACUAUUUCUACGGCUGCGGGGGUGAGGCGAGCGCGCGGGGAUGCCGGCGCGGAAGGGGCUGCUGGCGCCCCAGAACACCUUCCUGGACACCAUCGCCACGCGCUUCGAUGGCACCCACAGCAACUUCGUGCUCGGCAACGCGCAGGUGCCGGCGUACCCCAUCGUGUACUGCUCGGACGGGUUCUGCGAGCUGACGGGCUGGGCGCGCGCGCACAUCAUGCAGAAGGGGUGCGCGUGCAAGUUCCUGCACGGGCCCGACACGCGCGACGACCACCGCGGCCAGAUCGACGCCGCCCUCGACUCUAAGCACGAGCUCAAGCUGGAGCUUAUAUUCUAUAAGAAAAAUGGUUCGCCAUUUUGGUGUUUGCUCGACAUCGUUCCAAUUAAAAAUGAGAAGCGCGAAGUGGUUUUAUUCCUCGCUUCCUUCAAAGAUAUCACCAAUACUAAAAUGGCCGCCAUGAACACAAAUGAAGACUUCGACAGCGCUAGAAGAGUAUUAUUAGGAGCCGCGGUGCGGCCUUCAGCAGGCGUGGUCACUCUAGCGUUAUCCCCAUUUGUACCCGCAGCGGCUCUCUUGGGCGCCCGGUUCCGCGCUGAAUCUAGUUGCCUCCUUCCAGACCCUAGUGGCAAUCUGGACCCCGAGGCGCCCUCGCCCGCCAACAUGGGCAGGCGGCGCUCUAGGGCCGUCCUAUACCAGCUAUCAGGACAUUAUAAACCGGAGAAGACGAAACUUAAGCUGAAUAAUAAUCUGCUUCACUCGUCGGACCCGCCUUUACCGGAAUACAAAACGUCUGCCAUAAAGCGGUCCCGGCUGAUCAUCCCGCACUACGGGGUGUUCAAGACGUUCUGGGACUGGCUGAUCCUGAUCGCGACGUUCUACGUGGCGGUGGUGGUGCCGUACAACGCCAGCUUCGUGGACGAGGGGCACCCGCGCAUCAGCGUCACUAGUGAUGUCGUCGUCGAGGCGCUGUUCAUUGUUGAUAUCGUCCUUAAUUUCCGGACUACAUUUGUGAGCAAAAAAGGCGAAGUAGUGUCGGACUCAAAGGCGAUAGCACUUAACUACAUAAGGACGUGGUUCGUGGUGGACCUGCUAGCCGCCCUGCCCUUCGACCUCCUGUACGCGUCUGACGUCUACAGCGGCACGGAGUCGACGCACGGCAACGUGCAUCUGGUGAAGUUGACUCGGCUGUUGCGGCUGGCGCGGUUACUGCAGAAGAUGGACCGCUACUCGCAGUACUCGGCGCUCAUACUGACACUUCUCAUGCUGUCCUUCUCGCUCCUGGCGCACUGGCUCGCCUGCAUCUGGUUCAUCAUCGCGGAGAAAGAGAUAGAGCAGCAUAAGGAGGAUAAUUGGGACUUGGGGUGGAUCAACAACCUGGCGGAGCGGCUCAAGGUGCCGAUCGUGAACAUCUCUCACAGCGAGAGCUACGUGACGGCGCUGUACUUCACGUGCUCGUCGCUCACCAGCGUGGGGUUCGGCAACGUGUCCGCCAACACGCUGCCCGAGAAGAUCUUCAGCAUACUCACCAUGCUCAUUGGAGCGUUAAUGCACGCCGUGGUGUUCGGAAACGUGACCGCCAUUAUCCAGCGCAUGUACUCGCGCCGCUCCAUGUACCAGACCAAGUGGCGGGACCUCAAGGACUUCCUCAGCCUCAACCAGGUGCCCAAGGAGCUCAAGCAGCGCAUGCAGGACUACUUCCAGACCAUGUGGUCCUUGAACCACGGCAUCGACAUUCAUGAGACGUUAAAAGAGUUUCCUGAAGAGCUCAGAGGGGACGUGUCUCUGCAUUUGCACCGGGAGAUCCUGUCGCUGCCAAUAUUCGAGGCGGCGUCGCAGGGCUGCCUCAAGCUGCUGUCUCUGCACAUCCGGAACAACUUCUGUGCGCCCGGCGAGUACCUGGUGCACAAGGGGGACGCGCUCUCGUAUAUCUACUACAUCUGUAAUGGGUCUAUGGAGGUCAUGCAGAACGAUAUGGUCGUCGCCAUUCUAGGAAAGGGCGACUUGGUUGGAGCUGAUAUGAACGCACACCUGCAAGCGCACAACGGCACCGGCACGAAUCAAUCCUCCAACAAUGACGUGGUCGUGAAGUCCAGUAGCGAUGUAAAAGCGUUAACCUACUGCGACCUCAAAUGCAUCCACAUGACGGGGCUCGCCGACGUGCUCCGUCUCUACCCGGAGUACCAACAGGAGUUCAUCCACGACAUCCAGCACGACCUGACCUACAACCUGCGCGAGGGCUACGAGGCCGAGGCCGAGUCGGACGGAGGCCACGGGCCCGCGCUCACGCUGCCUAGUAUAUCUGAAGAUGAUGAGAACGCCGAUGAUAACGCGCUCUCGCCUAAGAAGCCUCUGCCGCUGGCUACGGCGAGCAGUCCACGGCAUGCCAAGUUUAGUAGUAGGUCGGACGGCCAGCGCCUCACGCACCGUGAGUUGCGCGAGCGCAUCGAGCGGCAGCGCUCGGUGGCCACGCCGAAGGUGACGCGCGCAGACUCGCUCGAGGGACUCAACCUGGAGGUGCACAACACCAGGUCCUCUGUCGACCGACUGGACACCCAGGUCUCCAGCUUGCACCAUGAUGUCGCUACGUUGAGUAUAGAGGUCCGCAACGCGAUCCAAGCGCUGCAGGAGAUGGCGACGGGCCCGGCGGCGGCGGGCUGGCACGCGGCGCACUCCAACCCCGACCUGCAGUGGGGGUCGCCGCCCAACCAGCUCGCGCGCAGCUGCAGCCACCCGCCUGACGUCUUCUGCUGGGACCAGCAGGAACGUCCGCUCUCGCCGGAGAAGCCAAAGAUCCACCGGAGCACGCAGACGGAGCCGUUCCUGCACCUCGUGACGCAGUACAUCAUGGAGCACCCGGGCACCGUGCUGCUGCUGCUGGGGCUGGACCCGCGCGCCGCGCUGCCGCCCGUGCUGCCGCCCGAGUACUACGAGCCGCGGCGCCGCGCCAGCGCGCUGGAGCAGAUCGAGGAGGCCGAGCCCGGCAGCGCCACGCCGUCCAGCGGCCCCACCCCGCCCCCCGCGUCCCCGCCCCCGCCGCGCCUGCCCCUGCGCACGCGCUACUCCGCCAGCGACCUCUGCGAGGAGGCGGACCGGCUGCUCGCGCGGCCCUCCCUGCCCAGCACGCGCAGCCUCAAGUUCAACGUCAACAGCUAGGUCCACGUUAUUCCAUUUAGUCCACCCUGCUCACUAGGUAGUCCACGACUGUAACGCAGUCUUGAUUGAUAUUCAAUUAAGUAUUAUGUAGUGUAAACUACCCUUUUGUAUUUUCAUCGUUCCCUGUACUAGAUUAAUGGUAUUUAUGAACGAAAUCUGUGUGAUAAGUCUAUCCAAUAAUUAGGAUUUUACGAUUUAUAGUUAUGUAGAGAUGGUUAUUUAUAAAAGAACCGAACCCUUGUUCUAUUUACAAACUUUUGUACAUAUCAUGAGCAUACUUAGCGUGUAAGCAAAUCAAAGUUUUAUUGUUACAGAGAUACACUAUCUAAAAAAUAUACCUACCUAUGUACUUAA